AUGAAGAUUCAGACCAAUGCUGUAAAUAUUUUGGAGAGAACCUCCUCAUACCUUCAAGCAGGCUUAUUGAAGAAGACACCUGCCUGGUAUGAUGUUGUUACAAAUAUACAACCUGUGAAAAAAUUUAAUAGAGAACCCAUUCUCACGAACCCAUCAAAUGGUAGAGAUAGAACCGAAUUCCGCCCUUUCUCUGAGAGGGUCAAUAGUAAAGGUUUGUACAAGACAAGAUAUAAUAUUGCUGACAAGAAAACUUUGACGAAUAAACUAUACAGGCCACCAAAACUGAUAUACCUGGAGGAUAAGUUGAGACAAUUGUUUUAUGAGCAACACCCAUGGGAGAUGUCCAGACCAAAAGUCAUUGUAGAGAAUGAGAUGGAUGUUAAAUAUGACUGGAGUCACAUCCAACAACUAGGGAAACCUUUGGAUGGUGAGAGUGUUGUCCAAAGAAGUCUUUAUUUGGUGAAGAACAAGCAAUUUGACAACAUCGUCGAUUCCUAUAACCAUGCCAGGUUUGAGUUCUAUAGGAUUAGAAUGCAGCAAGAAUUGGAAGAGCAGAUAGCACAAGAAGAGGCGGAGAUGUUUGGUAGUGUAUUUGAAUCCAAUGCUCUUCAAUAUGGUAUUGAGCAAGAACAAAGAGUCAUUGAUCAAUGGAAGAAGAAGGCCAUUAAAGAAACCGAAAUAUAUGCAGCUAAACGUGUCAAUCCUUCGGAGUCCUGGGGUAAAGAAGAUGCUGACGAGCAAGAAGGUGUGGGUGCAGACGAAGAAAUUGAAGAGUUACAUCUAUGA